AUGUUCAACUCGAGUCUCCCUGUACAGUGGCCGGGAUGGUCUACAUGUUUCUACUUCAGCUUCAUUUCCAGCUGCUUAUUCUUUCUAGCAACACGGCAGAAAAAUAUUAAAUCAACGGGUCGUGUCGCAAGUGAUGAAAACCUAGAUGUGGGCGAGCCACACUGCUAUCCACCAGUUGAGCCUCUUCCAGAUUUCGAUUGGAAGACGAAAGAGCCGAUUAAGAUUCGGCCAUUCAAGUCGAAAUACCAUCUUACUAUGAGCAUCCAGGAAGGGACAGUCAGCGAGCUUAUAGAAAUAGACAAGAACUAUCUCGAUCGCAUAAACCUACGCAAGAGAAUCAUGGCAGAGUAUCCUGAGACGGUACUGGCCGCGGAGGGUUGUGUCAAGCCAGCUGUCGACGAAUUCUACACCUGGCUGGUGGGAACAUAUCUCCCAACACGAUAUCCUCGUAUGUUUCAGUUGCGGUCAUCCGCAGGGGAGAAGCCGACAUUCUUGCACAGCCUGGUCACCGACGAGACAUUUCCCCUUUCCCCUGAAGAGAACCCCUUGGAUACCUUGCGGGUCAUGGGCGGCCUGAUUGAGGAUGACCUUCUUUUUCUACUGCCAUCCGAUGAUGGAGACGGAUUUACACUCAGAGGUUUCGUGACAUGCUUCCCCAAUGGCUUCAACACUUCGAAAAAGUUGGGCCUUAAACUUCGGGAUAUCCAUAAGCCUGUUCCCCAGUACAAAGAAAAACUGGAGAAGAGCAUGGAUCGCUUUUUUCAAAAGCUCGGAGUAGGCAGGUUUAUUAAACGCGCCAAUUGGACCAUCACAACUACGGACCAACUGUUCACGGCGUCUGGAAACCACCUUUAUGAGGGUGAAGAGAUUCCUCAAGAAGAGGUUAAUAUAAAUACCGCCCGUCUCCGUGCCGAGAGACAAUUUCUGCACCGUUUGCCCCAAAGCCAUGCUAUACUUUUUUCAUUCAAAACCCUUCUGUACACGCUCCCAGAAAUCAAGGAAGAAGGGCUCGGUGAGGUUCUUGCCGAGGCAAUUGAUGGGUUGAAGCAGGGAAACGCGCCUGGCUUUCAUUUCUAUAAGCGGGCUGCGGUUUGGGGAGAAUCUGCAAAAUCAUAUCUUCGAAGCCAAGAGAUGUGA